AUUGUAAUACACACACACUUUCUCACAUGCAUACACACAAGCACGCUCCCUCACACACUCGCUCAGGCUCUCUCACACAGACUCUCUACUUAGUGCGCUGGAGAGAGGACUGAGGCUCACACUAUCAGCACAGCUUCUCAAUGGGGGGACGCAGCCAAGAGCAGACAGAGCAGUCAUUCCACUGGAGCCUUCCGCCGCACGCGUGAGAAGGAGACGACAAGUGAGGGGGGCUAAAUUAGCUCCCUGUCAUCACAACAGAGGAGUUCUACUGACGGAGCAGAGACACAGGCUGAAGGAAAAGAAGAGGACAAGAGAUCUGUGAUCGUAUGUGGCUGAUACAGCACUGACAUGAUCAGCCUUCCAACACUCACGUCUUGGCCAGUUUGUGACUUACACCCCAGGCUGUUUGGCUUUUUGUGACUGUUUGCAUUGGGAACUGAGCAGCAGGGGUCCAGAGGAAACGGUACUGAGGGAAAAGAAGAGCAUUUAAGCUCCCCUUUUGUACAGCUUGCGGUUUAUCAAGGACUGGAAUUUCAGGCGGGAAUCCCUUGCUUCAAAGUAUGGAUGGAUUUAAGACAGAGGAGUGAGUCUGCAGUGAUUCUGACUGAGCUCCUUUCUUCCUGAACACACUGCUCAGACCCGGCCUCACCAUGUCCUGGUUGUUGGCCAUGUGGAUUAGCCUGGGUUUCCUGCUGCUGUGCCAGGCCACGCUCUACCAGACCAUCCAGCAGCACCAUGUGGCCCGGCCCGGUCGCACCGACAUCCUCACCCUGGAGGGAGGAACGUGUGAGGUGAUUGCCGCCCACCGGUGCUGUAACAAGAAUCGUAUUGAGGAGCGUUCUCAGACCGUCAAGUGCUCCUGUUUACCGGGGAAAGUGGCUGGGACGACACGCAACAAACCCUCCUGUGUGGACGCGUCCAUUGUAAUUGGGAAAUGGUGGUGUGAGAUGGAACCGUGUCUGGAGGGAGAAGAGUGUAAGACUCUGCCUGACAACUCUGGAUGGAUGUGCUCCUCCGGGAACAAAAUCAAGACCACAAGAGUGAGACCCUGCACACAUAUGCACACACUGAAGUACAAUUGCAUCCACCUGCAUGGACAGUGUCACCCUUGCAAUGAAAAAAAUGUACACCUUCAUGUACAAUACAUGCAUAUGCCUGUUCUCUAUAAACUGUGUGUGCAAAUUUAACCUGCGUACACUUGCACACAUCAAUAUGUGCAUAUCAGAACAAUCACACCAGUGUUGAACAGCUCAGGCACAGAGAGUGAACAAACUUAUGAUUCUAUUUGACCUCUAUUCUUAGACUUGAAAUAAGAACAUCACUAGAUAUUACAAGAGGCUGUGUUUGAAUAAUUUAAAUGAAUACAUUAACAAAGCCUCCCUUGAUUUUGAAGAAAUCCUCUGCCAGUUGAAACAAACUUAUAGGUUCAAAUCUGUGGGUAAAAGCAAUGUGCAUGUCGAACCAUACAGAAAACACCCUGACACAGAGCACAUCUAUGCCCUCUCUGUAUAACAAGUUGGAUUUUGUUCAGUGUAAGCAACCCAUCUAAGAGCCCACUGAAGUAAAGAACAAACAUAAAGCCGGCAGUAAACAAACAGGUGGGCUCUGCCUCAGGCCACACUCCUCUCAGAGAUAAAGUUAACGGCCACUCUGUUUCUCUCUGCCUGUCGGCUCUGUAAACUGACUCCGAAUGCAGCAUGCAAAAAUAAUGAAGCGAGUUAAGUCUUCAAAGAAGCAGUCCAGCACUCUGUGACAGGUUGAUCACCCGAUUUGUAUUCAUUUAAUUGACUCGCCCCCCCACCUGCUCGCGAUCAGCAAACCCCGUCUUCUCUUAGUGCUUUGUGACAAUGACUCUGAAUACGAGCCGAGACUAAUGUGACGGCAGGGAGAGAGGGAACAGCCAGUGAAGGUUAGACCACACGGGGCUUUCCAAGGUUGUUCUGCAGAUUAUAUGCCAACAAAUAGACAUAAAGCUUUCACUGGGUCCCUUCACAGCCUCCACAGGCCCAAAUAUUUCAGAGAGAAGUUGAUGGAAUGGGGUUUUUUCAUCCUGUCAAGGUAAGGUGGAGAACUUGGUUCACCUUAAAGAAUGCAUUUCUAAUUUUUAAUCAGUCCUUUGCACCAUUUGAAAUAUGCUAUCUAGUGAUUCUGUUAAACUUUGAACAAAUGUAUUUGUUUAACCUCUUGAGGUACAUGAAAAGACUGUAUAUAUCUGCACACAAAUGAAGAAAGAAAGAAAAAACAUUUAGACAUACCUUUGAUGAUAUUAGACCAAAGCCAUCAUUCUCAAAGUCAUAAGAGAAAAGGGCCAAAAGUUCAGGCCUGAAAGCUGCUUUUCUACCCAAUACACACGUGUCCUUUUCUCUUGACCCUCUCUUUGCAGAACACCCAGCCAUACUCCCCUUUUUAGCUUCUGGAAGCAAAAUGCAGAGGAUGCGUCAACAGAAAUUGAGCUGCAUUCUUGCUUCUGUAAAGAUUCAUCCCAGGACCUAACAGAGAGCUCCCAUUGCAGGGCUGCGUGCCAGGCUUUGCCCCUCAUCUCCCCUUUCUCUUGCCUCCGAACGGACUAAAACUAUUACAUCCACGGCAACCGACUGGAUUACCUGGGACCACAGAAAGGAUAUCCACCCAGAUAAAAACAGCUUUGCUCGUGUGGUGCCAAGGAUUUGAAACCAGACUAAUCCCCUGUUUGAUCAAUGAGCCCCAUGUUGGUGACUCUCCUCUUCCUCACAGCUGUGGCCAGUUUCAGACCAACUCUGUCUCUGUUUCUCUCCCUCUGCUCGCCCUUAGAAACUGAUACAGCUUUGCAGGGGGUUAUUUAGAGGUGGUUAAAACAUUAUUGAUAGACGUGCACCCUGCCUGAAGGUAAACCGGUCAAGGAGCUUAUGUAGACCUGAACAUGAACAAAGAAAUGAAAGGACACGGAGGGAAAUAACCUGAUAUCCCUUCUAUUUCUGUGUGGAAAGCAUUUGUAUUUGACUCGCUACCCCGGCAGGACGGCCUUGCUGUAACCACACCGAGGAGGACUGGUUCAGAAUCACUGGAUUUUCAGCGACUGAAACCACAAGCAGCCCAUAAUGAGUUGAUUAAAAGUCUAUUUGGUCUCACCUUCAUCCCUCAUGACAGACAGUUUGACCUUAUUUGAGGGCAUGUCCAGUGUACAUUGCGCACUUGUUUUCUUUGUGUGUAAAAUAAUUGUGUAUAUAUACAUAUAUAAAUACAUGACAUAUAAGAUGACAGAUCCAAGAAGCUGAAAAAUAUAUUUAAGACUCUUUAUGGUGGGAUACUGAUCAGUCACUGAGGCUGUCGUCCCAGUUUGGUGUGUGUAGGACUGCUCUGAGGUUUAUGCUUGCAUUGGAAAAAGCCACAACAGAGUCAUAACAGUAAAUAUUGGUCCCUUUCGUAUUUCAGCUAUGUCCUUGGUUAAGCCAGAAAGUGCUUGUAGUUUCUGUAAAAAUGAGGAAAAACACUGUACAGAACUGCCUCACAAGAGAAAACAGCACUAACAGCAACCCCUGAGCUUUCCACUCAGAUACAUUAGGGACAAAGAACAGCAGCAGAAAAACUUGGAGCAUAAUCGGACAGUCAUGGGCGACUGCUUGACUGUGUUUCUUCUGUGGAUCUCCCUCUCACAGCGCUGGGAGAGAUGAUUUAUUCGAGAUGACAGUGAGAAAGUAUUAGUCACAAUGGAGAAACAUACAGUUAUCCCCCAGUAGAUAAAAGUACAUUACAGGACAGCCUUAUGAGAAAUAAAAAAUGUUUUUCUAUACUGAUA